CAGCCCGCUCCCAUAAGCAGAAACUCAGUCCCAAUACUGGUUUUUGAAACGCACUUUAUAGUUGUGUAUCUGGUGCAUAUUAUCCUCGAACUUUAGGAACCUUGAAAAUAAGUGUUGACGUAAUUUUAGACAUAUUUGACAUUCGGCAUUCGUUUCGUUUCUUCUAGUGGCUCAAAAUCAAAGAUUAUUACAAACUCAGGAUAGCCUAUCCUUUAUAAGGCCUGUGUAGCUCAAAUCUCAAGUACCGCAUCACGCCAAAGUAACAGUGAUGACGCAGUAGCGUGUCGUUUUACAUACAUCAUAAAUGUAUAUUCUAAACUACAAUGCAGUUCGGGUUGGUUCCGGUUGUUCAUUUCGUGAAAAGCUGAUUGUACUCGAUUGAAAAAGUGAUCCCGAUCCAAAAACCACUGCACUAGGAUCGGCCAUGGAAUUCGCUUAUCUCGAGUAGGAUCAAAUAGCAUUUUCUUUUGGUAAUGGAAUUUUUAUAUUUUUAUCUUUUAUCUCUUUUUAACUAACUACUUAUUUGAAGAAAAGGAUUUUCUUUUUAUUUAUAAAAAACUUAAUAUACAAUAAAUAAAUAAUAGAAAAAAAAUCGUGCCGUCAUUACUCAUUUGAUCUAAUAAUUAAAUAAUUACCUUAUAAGUAUUUAUAUUAAAAUUAGAUUAUAUUAGUUUAUCAAUACAAUAGGCUCAUUAAUUUGAGCUACCAGUAUCAUUUCGGAAGCUUAUGAAAUAAAUUAGUUGUUUUAAGUUCAGUAUUCAGUUAUUUCUUUUGUGAAGAUUGUGUAGUGAACUAUGGAGGAAAGCCACCAAGAAGUUGAAGUUUCAGUGAGACACGAUGAAACCUGUUGUGAUAAAACCUAUUUUUUAUGUUGCCAUCCCACUGGGAAAGCUCAUAGAUUCAUUGCCUUGAUUUUUAUGUGUUUUUUGGGAUUUGGUUCAUAUUUCUGCUACGACAACCCCAGUGCUCUUCAAGAAAGAUUCAAAGAAGACUUGAAUCUAACAGAAACCCAAUAUACAGCUUUAUAUUCGAUUUAUUCAUGGCCCAAUGUUGUAAUGUGUUUUAUUGGUGGCUUUCUUAUCGACAGGGUAUUUGGAAUUAGGGCCGGAACAAACAUUUUUAUGGGCCUAACCUUUUUGGGGCAACUAGUUUUCUCUUUAGCUGCCUAUUUGAAUCAUUAUUGGCUUAUGAUAUGCGGACGAUUUAUUUUUGGAAUUGGUGCUGAAUCUUUAGCGGUAGCCCAAAACAACUACGCUGUACUAUGGUUCAAAGGCAAAGAACUAAAUAUGGUCUUCGGACUUCAGUUGAGCUUUGCCAGAAUUGGCAGCACUGUAAAUUUCUGGGUAAUGGAACCUAUUUACGAUUGGGUUUUAAAAUCAUUUGACGGUUCGCAUAUUUUAGGAAUUGCUUUGUUAAUAGCCUCUGCAACAUGUCUCUUAUCCAUGCUUUGCUCCUUGAUAUUAGGAUUUAUGGACAAAAGGGCAGAAAGGAUGACAAGAAGAACAGAAACUCAAACCACAGAAGUUGUUAGAAUAACUGAUGUUAAAGAUUUCAAAUUAACUUUUUGGCUAGUCAGCUGCAUUUGUGUCAGCUACUAUGUAGCUAUAUUUCCAUUCAUAAGUGUUGGACAAGAAUUUUUCAUGAUCCGAUUUGAUAUGAGCAAAGAAGAAGGAGACAGAAUUUGCAGCUUAGUUUAUUUGAUAUCUGGAUUCGCUUCUCCGGUUACUGGGAUAUUAAUCGAUAAAAUCGGCUUGAAUAUAUUGUGGAUUCUUUUAUCUGUGAUAUCAACUGUUUUGGCGCAUCUACUUUUAGGAUUCACCACUGUCAAUCCUUAUAUUGGAGUGUCUAUGUUAGGUUUGGCUUAUUCAGGCCUUGCAAGUGGUCUGUGGCCCUUAGUAGCUCUAAUAAUACCGGAAUACCAACUGGGAACAGCUUACGGAGUCUGCCAGGCCAUACAAAACUUGGGCUUGGCCAUUAUAACAAUAAUAACAGGCUGGAUUAUUCAAAGUUGGGGCUACAGGGUGCUUAGCGAAUUUUUUAUUGGGAGUUUAAUUUUGGCUUUUGUUUUUACUGCCCUGUUGCUGUUACUAGACCAGCGACAAAAAGGUAUUCUCAAUAUGACACCUGCUGGAAGGAAAAAGUAUCAAGAACAAUUGUUAAAUGAAGUGUACGAAAGACACAGAAUCUUGUCAUCGGAAGAAGUUCCUAUAGCCACCGAGCCUCCUAGCCAAGAUAUUUCAAAUACUCAAAGCAACGAUUCAGUUUCAGAUGAUACACGGUAUAGGAAUCGGUAUUUGGUUACAGUUGGUGCAAAUUUGCCGCCGUCCUGAUAGUGAUCUCAGCUAUAAAAUAGUGAAAUUUGUGAUAAUUUAGAUGAAUUUUCUACUAAGACUGGGGUCAUCAAUAAACUAGAUUUUAUAGAUAUACGUAAAUUUUAAGCUAAGAUUUUUCAUAAAACAUGAUGUAAAUAUUAUGUUAUUGUUAUUUGAAUUUUAAUGAGACAUUGAUGUAGGUAAUUUUAAAAUAUUUUUGAACAACUUUAUUUUCAAAUAAUUAUUUAACAAAUUAAUUUUAAAUAAAUGUAACAAACGCCAAUAUAGAUUUAUUUUUACUCGCC